AUGGAUGUAAACUCAGGGACCCCAGCUUUAACUGUCAUCCUCCUCCUGCACACUGCGCUGCGGCGACAGGGUUUCUUGAGUGGAUUCUCGCCGAUGGCUCUGACAGAAGCCACACACAGAUGGUCAUCACGGAACCAUGGAGGCUCCGGAGGCUCUAGGGCCCAGAGCCGGGAGCUGCUGUCGGCUGGAUCCAGACAGACACCAGCUCCCUGCAAACCCCCAACACCCCCUCCACCCCCCUCCACCCCCAACACCCCCUACACCCCCUUCACCCCCCAACACCCCCUCCACCCCCUCCACCCCCAACACCCCCUACACCCCCUUCACCCCCAACACCCCCUCCACCCCCUCCACCCCCCUCCACCCCCAACACCCCCUACACCCCCUUCACACCCCAACACCCCCAACACCCCCUACACCCCCUUCACCCCCAACACCCCCUCCACCCCCUCCCACCCCCCUCCACCCCCAACACCCCCUACACCCCCUUCACCCCCAACACCCCCUACACCCCCUUCACCCCCAACACCCCCUUCACCCCCAACACCCCCUCCACCCCCUCCACCCCCUCCACCCCCAACACCCCCUACACCCCCUUCACCCCCAACACCCCCUACAACCCCCUCCACCCCCUUCACCCCCUCCCACCCCCAACACCCCCUACACCCCCUUCACCCCCUACACCCCCUACACCCCCUCCACCCCCUUCACCCCCUCCACCCCCAACACCCCUACACCCCCUUCACCCCCUACACCCCCUUCACCCCCUCCACCCCCUCCACCCCCUUCACCCCCAACACCCCCUCCACCCCCUCCACCCCCUUCACCCCCAACACCCCCUACACCCCCUCCACCCCCUUCACCCCCAACACCCCCUCAACACCCCUACACCCCCUUCACCCCCAACACCCCCAGCCCAGCUCCAAUAUUCUCUCUGGUACUUCUUAA